UGGCGCCAAUUCAACUUCUUCGAGUGCGUCAAGAUCCCGGAUGCAGAGGAUGCAUCUGCGCCAGGACCCGUUGCGUUGUCACCUGCGUCAAGCGGCGCGGUGAUUGCGUCCACCGACAGCUACAUCUUUUUGGGGACUCAAGAUGGACAGCUUCAGGCAAUUAAUAGAUCCUUCAAGGUUGCUGCCUCUAUUCAAGCCUAUGCGCAUGGUCGUCUACAUCACAUCAUGCCAUGCGAUGAAGAUUUGCUGGUAACACUGGGCGAUGAACCGACCAGCAGCGGUGCCGAUGGACCGACGCUCAAAACAUGGAGUCUUUCUAUGAGUAAGAAGGGCGUCCUUCAAUUUAAAUUGCUCUCUGCAGUGCCCUUGCAUAGUCAGCGACCACAUCCGAUCACUUGUUGCACCACACUACCUGAUCUCAGUCAAGUUGCGAUCGGUUCAGCAGAUGGACGCGUUGUUCUUGUCAAGGGCGACUUGGUGCGUGACCGAGGAGCGAAACAACGCACUGUCUACGAAAGCGAAGAGCCUAUAACGGGUCUACAGUUCCUGGUGUCCAACAAGAUCACUACCCUUUACAUCUUCACAACGUCAAAAUUGCUAACCCUCACGACCAUUAGUGCGUCUGGCAAGUCUGUGACACAGGUGCCGCGCAUUAUGGAAUCCGUAGGCGCUGCACUUGGCUGCAUUGCUUAUGACAAGCACAAGAACCAAAUUGCGGUUGUCCGCCAAGAUGCUCUGUAUCUGUAUACAGUCGACGGACGAGGUCCCUGCUAUGCCUUAGAGGGGAGCAAAAGUGCAAUUCACAUUUUCAAGGACUACACGAUCAUUCUCCAGCCGCCAAGCGAAACGCGUGCCUCAGCUAUGAAGUCUCUCGGUCGAAUUGGCAAUACAGAUGCCAUCGACGAUGCAACCAAGCUGACUAUGCUUCAAACUGAUCACAAGUUUAUCAGCCAUACAAGCUUGUUUCCUCAAGGUUUGCGCACAGUCUUGACCUGUUGGCACGAGCUUUUUCUCAUCACAUUGGACGGCAGGCUUUUUCAAUUGACUGAGAUUUCAAUGCAAAGCAAGCUCGACAUCUUGCAAGGCAAGAGCAUGUACACAUUGGCAAUACAAAUUGCCCAGGAAGCGCAGUAUGAUGAAGCAGCCGUUGAUGCCAUUCUCAUCAAAUACGGUGACUACUUGUACAGUCGCGAUGACUUUGAAGCAGCAGUCAAGCAAUACAUCAAGGCCAUUAAACGCUGCGACGUUUCGGCAGUCAUGCGAAAGUUUCUCGAAGCGCAACAUGUUCCACUGCUCACAGAAUUCCUCGAGGCUUUACACCGUGCCAAAUUGUCUAACGCAGAUUACAGUACCCUGUUACUCAAUUGCUAUGCCAAGCUGAAGCAAAAAGAGAAGCUACAAGACUUUGUUCGCGAGCAAGGUGGACAUGCAAUCGACCUCGAUGUUGCCGUUGCUCUGUGUCGGCAAGCCGGAUAUUAUGACCAAGCCAUCAGCCUGACUGCGCAGCACAAGAAUCACGUUAUGUGUAUUGGUAUCAUGACUGAGGACAAGCAGGACUUUGCCAGUGCUCUUGCCUAUAUGCGAAAAUUGAAGAAGCCCGAAGAUCUUGGACUACUUUUGACGCAUUUCGGCAGAAUUUUGAUGGCGCAUCUGCCUGCGGAGACGACUCGGCUCUUUGUUGAGUUCUACACUGGUAGCUACAUGCCAGAGACAGAGGUACAAGCAGCAGGCAUCAUCAGUCCACCUAGACGUGUCACGGGAGGCUACACCGCUGUCAUUCCAGUGCCAGUGAAAUCGGGUGACGCACAAUCUAGUGCGGCGUCAAUCCUGACAACGGAAGAAGAGGCUGCUCAAUACUUGGCGCCACCACCACGCUCUGCCUUCCCAAUCUUUGUCGACUAUCCGGAGCACUUUCGCCAUUUCCUUGAGGUCUUGCUCGAGCGACAAACGCAUACCGAGGAGGAUUUGAAGACGCGUGCAGAUCUUGUCUCAACGCUGCUUGAGAUCUAUCUGCAAUUAGCCAACAAGAGCGAAGACGUGGAUGCUCAAAGUAAAUGGCAAGAAAAGGCAAAGGCACUGCUUGAUCGUGAAUCGAAUGUCGUCGACAGCAGUAAUGCACUAUUGCUCUUCCAUUUGGCAUCUUACAAGGAAGGUGCCAUGCUCGUACAGGAGCGUUCUGGAAGGAAGGAAGAUGUCUUUCGAUCAUAUUGCACUGCGCGCGACACGCCCGGCGUGCUUCGCACGCUGAAGAGCUAUGGUCAAGACACGCCACAGCUCUACCCACUGGCACUCAAGUACUUGACAUCAGCACCACAGAUUGUCGAAGAAGCUGGACCGGCAUUAGGACUUGUCUUGAACCAAAUCAAGGAGCGUCGCUUACUAGUUCCGAUACAGGUCGUACAGGCGCUCAGUGCGAAUGCUGUCGCGACUAUGGGUAUCAUCAAAACAUAUCUCGCUGACAUUAUUGAGCGUGAAAGGCGCGAAAUUGAAGCCAACACGAAGUUGAUUGCCUCAUACAAGCAAGAAACCUUGGAGAAGGAGACGGAAGCCUUGAAGUUGGCUGAGAGUGCUAUCCAGCUUCAGAUGGCGCGGUGCUCACGAUGCGGUGGCACCUUUGACUUUCCCGUCAUUCAUUUCCUAUGCAAGCAUUCUUUCCAUCAACGCUGUGUGCUGGAUAAUGCAGCCGUGUCCCAGAUUGGCCCGAAUGCGACGGAGCCUGCUUGUCCUAUUUGCCACGAUGCAGAUACUGCCGUCCAGGCAAUGGCAGAUACGCGAAGACAGGCGUCUACGGAGAAGCAUGAACUCUUCUUGGAAGGUCUAGAGGGAGCCAGGGAUAGGGCGGCAUAUACAUUUGCGAGACUUGAUUUUGAAUCGUAG